UGAUGUAGAGGAUGAUGAAGACGAUGAUGAAGCCACUGCCGAUGAUGAUGAUGAUGAUUAAGAGGAUGAUGAAGCCACUGCCGACGAUGCUGAUGAUGUAGAGUACAAUGGAGACAUCACUGCGUCUGCUGCUAUGCUUCUGAUUCUGCUACUCAUGAUCCUCUUGCUGGCAACCACCACCACGACCACCACCACCACCACCACCCUUCGCAGCUGAACCCCUCUCUCCUCCAUGGCCACCGCCGCGCGUAUGAAGACGGAGGGGGAGGACUCCUUCGUGGUGUUCACUCCGGGCGAUCGCACGGCCACUGUGACACGUUCGGGCCUCCUGAGCGAGCCGCGAGCCUCCUCCUCGUCCACCUCCUCCUCCUCCAGGUGGAGGGCCGCUCUCGCGACUCCUGACCGCUCCCCCGAGUCUGACCACCACCACCACCAUCACCGCCGCAGCAGUGGGCCGAGUUCACAGACCCCGCGGGGUCCCGGUGGGAGUGGGGAGAGGAGGACGAGGAGGUCGCGCCGGCAGCAGCGCUUCGUGGAGAAGGACGGCCACUGCAAUGUCCAGCACGGCAACGUUAGCGGCGAGGCUGGCCGCUACCUCUCCGACAUCUUCACCACCUUGGUGGACCUCCGCUGGCGAUGGAACGUGGCCAUCUUCGUGCUCACCUAUUCCACGGCGUGGCUCGCCAUGGGCUCGCUCUGGUGGGGCAUCGCUUACCUGCGCGGUGACCUCGACGCCGCGCUGCACGGCGGCGAUAGCGGAGGAGGAUGCGGAGGAGGCGAUGGAGGAGAAGGAGGUGGAGGCGAUGGAGGAGGAGGAGGAGGAGGUGGAGGUCGAGGAGGUGUCUCCUACUCGCCGUGCGUCGCCAACGUGCACAGCUUCGCCACCGCCUUUCUCUUCUUCAUUGAGACAGAGGCGACCAUCGGAUACGGCCACCGCUACAUCACGGAGCGCUGCCCCGAGGGCAUCCUCCUCUUCCUCUUCCAGUCGCUCCUCGGCUCCGUGGUGGACGCCUUCCUCAUGGGCUGCAUCUUCAUCAAGAUGUCCCAGCCGAAGAAACGGGCCGAGACGCUGAUGUUCAGCCGCGAGGCGGUGGUCUCGAGCCGGGACGGACGCCUCUGCCUCAUGUUCCGCGUGGGGAACCUACGCAGCAGUCACAUGGUGUCCGCUCAGAUUCGCUGCAAGCUCAUCAAGUCUCGCCAGACGGCCGAGGGUGAGUUCCUGCCGCUUGACCAGCUCGACCUGGACGUUGGCUUCAGCUCAGGCGCCGAUCAGCUCUUCCUCGUCUCCCCGCUCACCAUCUGCCACGUGGUGGACGCGCGCAGCCCCCUGUACGAGAUGUCGCGCGCCUCGCUGCACGACGGCUCGCCCCAGCUCGAGAUCGUCGUCAUCCUGGAGGGCAUCGUGGAGACCACCGGGAUGACGUGCCAGGCGCGCACCUCGUACACGGAGGACGAGGUGCUGUGGGGGCACCGCUUCCUGCCCGUGAUGUCCCUGGAGGAGGGCUUCUUCCGCGUCGACUACUCGCAGUUCCACGCCACCCUCGAGGUGCCCACGCCGGAGCUGAGCGCGCGCGAGCGGGACGAGCUCGAGGCGAGCUGGGGCCUCGAGGGGCCCGGCUACGCCGCGUGGCCGCAAGAGAAGAACGGCCGCCGUGGCCUUGGCGACGGAGGAGGAGAUGGAGGAGGAGAUGGAGGAGGAGGAGAUGGAGGAGGAGGAGAUGGAGGAGGAGAUGGAGGAGGAGAUGGAGGAGGAGAUGGAGGAGGAGAUGGAGGAGGAGAUGGAGGAGGAGGAGGGCGAGAUGGAGCAGGUGCAGGAGGAACAGGAGGUAGAGGCUGCGUGGUCGCUCCGACCUUGACCCCGAAUAGAACGCCGACCUUGACCUCCAGCCUCGCUGUGCAUAGGCAGCAGCAUCAUCAUCAGCAGCAGCAGCAUCAGCAGCAUCAUCAUCAGCAGCAGCAGCAUCAGCAGCAUCAUCAGCAGCAGCAGCAUCAUCAUCAGCAGCAGCAGCAUCAGCAGCAUCAUCAGCAGCAGGUCGCACUGCCGCCCAAACUCCGGAAGAUGAGCGUCGGCUUCGAAGUUCAAUCCCGGACACUGGCGGGGAAGAUGGGGGGCCAGGGCGUGCCGGGGGGGCUGGGGGGGGUUGGCGGGCGGCUCGCUGCUUGCUGGAAGGGCUGCGUGGAUGCGAGCUGCCGUCCAGGAGGCCCGGCUGGUCUGGCAGACCGCGUCCUCGACAAGGCUGGAGGCGACGAUGGUCGGGUGAAACAAUGA